AUGCCUACUGUAUUCCAGCUUGUGGUGUAUUGGUUUUGUGUGGUGUAUUGUUUUGUUUCUUCCUUCCUAGAUUGCAACAGAGCUGCUGAACAAUUAAAGAAUAAUCCACGACACAAGAGUUACCUGGAACAAGUGUCCCUGAGACAGCUUGAGAAAUUAUUCUGUUUUUUACGAGGUAACUUGCGGGGGCAGAGUUUGGCAGAAACAAUGGAACAGAUUCAACGGGACACAACCAUUGAUCCUGAGGAAGACCUGAACAAGCUAGAUGACAAGGAACUUGCCAAAAGGAAGAGCAUCAUGGAUGAACUUUUUGAGAAAAAUCAGAAGAAGAAGGAUGAUCCAAAUUUUGUUUAUGACAUAGAAGUAGAGUUCCCACAGGAUGAACAACUGCAGUCCUGUGGCUGGGACACAGAGUCAGCUGACGAGUUCUGAUAUCAAAAACAAAAAUUUAUUGGGCUAGCAGAAACUCCAUGUUCAUACAGAGAAUGUAGAGUAGUCCUAGAAAAAUCUGUAAAGAACACUAAAUGUACACAUCAGGUCAUAUUUGGAUUGACCGUGUUACUUUUCAAAGACAGGACAUGUAGGUGCAUUGACCCAUACACCAAAAAAGGCUUCGGGUUUGAUUCCUGGUCAGGGCACGUACUUAGGUUGCUGGUUUGAUCCCCG